AUGUUGUUCAAAUUGUUAGCUGCUUUAACGUUACUGGGUCUGGUGGCAGGACGCGCUUACCACGUCUCCCGACGGGAAGAAAUUCGAAUGCAUCUUGAGGCGGAAUGCGUAAAAAAUAGUGGAGACCCAAAUGUGUUUCCAAAACUAGAGGCAGCCUCGGAAAAGUUUAUAAAUUGCAGUAUGGCCGAAUUUGAUGAAAAUUCGCUGAUGGAAUUAUCUGGAACUUCGCAUGAAAAUUAUCUUCGGCUUAUUCCAGACCUCGCCAAAUUGAUGUGUAGUAAGAAGGCUGCUCUGCAGAAAUGCUUUUUCGAUCUAGUGGAUGCUUCUUUGCCUUGCGUCGAGGCUGACUUAAGAGACAGGGUAAAUGAUUCUAAGAAAGCAUUAGCAGAGUUAGGUGACUACAUCUGUAACAAUGAUGCACAAUUAGUUACACAAACUUUGCCAAGUCCUCAACAGUUCCAAAGAUUGUAUGCUAAAUACGAUGAGGACCUGCCCUGA